GAAAGGAAAGGAAAAGGGUUUAUUGCCAAAUGCAGAAGGCUCACGAGAUGCGCAUGAGUUCAACCACAUGCUAACUUACCUCUUCUCUCCGGUGGUGGUCACUAAUGUCCUUUGCCGGAGACACUCACUCCCAUUUCAUCGCCGGCGUAGAUCACCUUCUGAGAAUUGUUGAGUGAUACCUUUUGCGUACAACAAUGAAAGCAGGAAAAGUGAACCAAGAAGACGACGAGUACGAUGAGGAAGAGUUCAAUUCUUCUAAAAAACUAGGCACUUCCUCCUCUGCCCCUAACUCCAAUAAAGAUGGAAAAGCUACUGAUAAGGCUAGUGUAAUAAGAUCGAAACAUUCUGUAACCGAGCAGCGUAGAAGAAGCAAGAUAAAUGAGAGAUUCCAAAUAUUGAGGGAUCUCAUACCUCAAUGUGAUCAAAAGAGGGACACAGCGUCAUUCUUAUUAGAGGUGAUCGAGUAUGUUCAGUACUUACAGGAGAAGGUACAAAAAUAUGAGGGAUCGUAUCAAGGUUGGAGUCAAGAGCCGUCGAAGUUGAUGCCUUGGAGAAAUAGCCAUUGGCGUGUACAAAACUUUGUUGGUCAACCUGCAUCUGUAAAGAAUGGUUCAGGUCCGGCUUUGCCAUUUCCCGGAAAGUUUGACGAAAGCAACAUUAGUAUCUCUCCAACUAUGCUUAGUGGUGCUCAGACUAUGAUGGAUCAUGAUCUGAGUCGGGAUAUUGUCGGAAAAACAGUAGAGAGGCAACCUGAUUUAGCAAGCAAGGGAAUUUCUCUGCCCGCACCUAUGCAUGCAAACAUGUCUGUCCCUGUCAGAAGUGAUGGUGUAUUUUCCCAUCCUCUUCAUGGAACUGUUUCUGAUGCACAAUCAACUGAGUGUCCUGCAAUUAGUGAACACCUGAACCCGCAGGAUGAACUUACAAUUGAAGGAGGGACAGUCAGCAUCUCGAGUGUAUACUCCCAAGAGUUGCUGAACAAUCUAACUCAGGCACUACAAAGUGCCGGGCUAGAUCUCUCGAAGGCUAACAUUUCGGUGCAAAUUGAUCUUGGGAAGCGUGCAAACAAAGAGCCAAGUGGCGCAACCUCUUCUCCGAAGGAUCAUGAUAACCCUCUUUCUGGCAAUCAAAACAUUGCUCAUUUUAGAGAUGUUGACAUUAGAGAGGAUUCAAUUCAAGCUCAGAAAAGAAUGAAAACAUUCAAGUGAUGAUGAUUCAUAUGACUUUUUUAUGCAUCCAAAUUUCUUACUUUGUUUCUAUCCCUUGCUUCCUUGUGGUUAUUGUACAUCCUCCCCCAUUUGUUUGAGUUUAAUUCCUCUCAUGAAGGUUAUUUUUAACAUGCAAAAACCUUAAUUACAUAAUUAUUUGUGGAGA